CCGAGAUAGAAGUCCUCCAAAUAAAAUACCAGAACGCUCUUAUUUUUUUGACUGGCAAGAACCUCGUGGCACUACCAGAUGCACUUUCAGAUCCCGGGCUCGAUGCGCUGUCAGACGCGGCGUUCACCGAUACGACGAGCGACCUAUCCGGUUUUGUGUUGUUCGGAUCAACCACAAUAUCACAGCAAGCAAACAUGAACUUUUCUGCAAUGAAUGCCACUGCUCAGAGUGCGACGGACCCCCUGAUGGACGAGUUACAGAGGACCAUCAACGUCCCGUUCUACGGCCCACUCGGAUUUGGGAAGAAGUCACAACAGCUCUCAGUGGCCUUUGACACGGGUUUUUCAGAUAUCUGGAUCCCUGUGGGCUGCGACGAUUGCAUGAACCCGCAAUAUAACGCCGCUGCGAGUUCAACAUACAGGAAUACUGGGAAUGCGUUCAAUGUAAACUACCAGGGCCUCAGCUAUGCAGAAGGGACUCUUGCGUAUGAUACGAUCAGCAUGAGCGGCUUAAAGGUCAACAACCAAUACUUUGGUGCUGUCACUGAUGUGUCGAGUAACUUCAAUGCCGACCCGAUCUCUGGCUGUCUCGGGCUCGGUUUCAGCUCCAUCGCGACAUCAGGGAAGCCAACGUUCUUUGAGAACUUGAUUAUGCAGGAAAAGGUCGAAGCACCAUUCUUCUCUGUGCAUUUGACGAGAGGAAAGACGAGCGGGUCGAAAAUAACUCUGGGUGGUUACGACAUGUCCAAGGCGACCUUCUGGGCGGUGCAUUUUGACGGAGCUGUUGUCGAAGGGAACUACGUGUCUGGUGACGUCGAUGCGGUGAUUGACACAGGUUCUAGUUUUAUAUACGUCUCACAGGCUUUGGCAAAUUCGAUCUACGCUAAUAUACUCGGGGCUGGCCCCGCAGCAAACUACAGCUCCGGCUUCUUCUCCUUUCCGUGCGACUCCGACCCCACGAUUUCAUUCUCGCUUGGUGGGCACGACUUCGGACUCAGUAUCCAGGACUUUAAGCUCGGACAAGAUGGGUAUGGGUCAACAAACUGCAUUGGCGGAAUCAUUGGCCUGGACGACGCAUUCAUGGAAGGAAUUGUCAUCAUCGGGAAUGCGUUUAUGAAAUCAUGGUACUCGAUAUUUGACUACUCGCACGGGGCGCGGGUGGGUUUCGCGCCUAGCAUCAAUAAUGCACAGUAAAAUAUUUUGUAUAAUUGAUACUUGUGGAUAUAUAGCGUCUUGAACCCCUGAAAUCUGUGUGGUUACGGACAUGAACUACAAAGUCGCACUGAUCACUGCACUUGACGUAGUCAGUGUAAAAACGUUGAAGUAUAAUUCGCGUGUUUCCAGUGCGGUGAGGUAAACAAGAUCCGCGAGGG